AUGGAUUUUCAGGCAAUAUCCCAGGCCUUCGUUCAGCACUACUUUCGAACGUUCGAUAAUGCGGACGCAAGGAGCAACCUGGCCUCCCUCUACCGUCCCGAGUCAAUGUUAGUAUGGGAGGGCAACCAACAGCAAGGCGCGCAAAAUAUCAUGUCAGCCUUAACUAAACCCGAGCUGAAGGCUGUGAAGACCAUGGUCUCGUCCACAGAUGCUACCCCAGCUACGAGUGGAGGUGUUCUAGUAGUUGUCACUGGAAGUCUAGCUAUCGACAAUGAGUUUGAUAAGCCAUUGUCAUUUUCGGCGACUUUCCUUUUGCAGCCUAUCCCUGGACAGCCCGGUGGAUUCUUCAUUUACAGCCAAAUUUUCAGGCUUGUCUUAUAG